GAUUCGAAUAAUCGUAAAGAGAGAAUAAAAUAUUAAAAAAAAAAAAGAAGAAAGAAAGCAAAGCAGAGGUGAGUGAGGGAAAAAUCGAGGAAGAAGGAAUGAGUGCCACUGCUACUCUAACUCCAAACUUGUUUGGGGGUUACUACACCACCAAUACCAUCAUCGCUUCAUCUUCAUAUCUAUUCUAUCCACAUCCACAUUUUUAUUCUUCUUUCAACAAGGACAAGCCAAACCCUAAUUUCAAUGCCUUCUCCUCCACUUUGUCUGCGUCUCUCUCGCCCAAACCCAAACAAUCCCUCUCAACACGGACAACGUGUCAUUAUGGACAUAAUAACAUGAAUAGAGAUCAAGAUCCCGAUUACCAAUUCCAGAAUGGUCCAGGCUUAUUUGAUUCCGAUGAAGAACGCACUCAAAUUCCAACCCAGGUUCAAACUAUGGUCGAAGGUUCAGGUUCCAUCAGGGUAUCCGACUACAACCCUGCUCCUGAUGUUGAUUAUCUACAGGAGUUAUUGGCUAUUCAACAACAAGGACCUAGAGCUAUUGGCUUUUUUGGAACACGGAACAUGGGAUUCAUGCACCAGGAACUAAUUGAGAUUCUUAGCUAUGCCAUGGUUAUAACUAAAAACCACAUAUACACAUCUGGAGCAUCUGGGACCAAUGCAGCUGUUAUUCGGGGUGCUUUAAGAGCAGAGAAACCUGAGUUGCUUACAGUUAUAUUACCCCAAAGUUUAAGCAAACAGCCUCCAGAGAGUCAGGAGCUGUUAUCCAAGGUGAAAAAUGUGAUAGAGAAGCCCUAUAACGAUCAUCUACCUCUUUUAGAAGCCAGCAGGCUAUGUAAUAUGGAUAUCAUUUCACACGUCCAGCAAGUCAUCUGCUUUGCUUUCCAUGACAGUAGGUUGCUCAUGGAAACUUGUCAAGAAGCAAAAAAUUUGCGGAAAAUUGUGACUCUCUUCUACCUUGACUGAGGCAAUUUUUAUCCCUGUGUACACAUUAUUUCUGUGCCUAAUGUGGGGAUUGGGAGGGUAAUGCUUAUUUUUUUGUUUGUAAUUAUCACUUUAUGCGAAAUGUCAUAUUGCUUUACUUGCCUCUUUGAAGUUUAGUUAGAAAGGUAAUUUAACCACGUUCUAGGAGAAUGGUAGAAUGGUUGUAGAUUUCAUUUUAAAACGUAGGACGUUGUCACUCCUACAUAACUACUGAAAACUCUAUUUUUGGAAGUGUGCAUUUGUGUUACACAAACCGAUUCCAAGCACACUUUUGAACAGUUAA